UCAUGUUAUUUAUACAAACUAAAUCUUGGGAACGGUCCCAACUCUAAUUUGUUCUUUGAUCUUAUAUACAAACACGCAAAACAUCAGAGAACUUUUACAUUAAGCAACAAUUUAAAUUUUCUGCCAUACAAUUUCCUACCUGGGAAUGAUUGAAUUUAUUAUUGCUGGAAUUAUAGGUCUGGGGACCUUGUUGUGGUUAUGGUUCUGGUCCAAAGCCAGGCCUCACAAUUUCCCUCCCGGUCCAGUUGCUCUUCCUCUGUUUAACAAUCUACUCAGUGUCUCAAUGGACGAACGCCUGUCUUUGGAACUGGAACACCUGCACAAAAAGUAUGGAUCGAUGGUAUCCCUGGCGAUUGCCGGUAACAACAUCUGGGAUGUCUGGAUCAACGAUUUUGAUAUAGUCAAAGAGGUUCUGAAUGAUCCGAGAUUCAACAGCCGCAACGUGUUCGGCUUCUUCGAGUUGUUUGAAGUGCAAAAUGGACUGGCUUUCGCAUCCGGUGAGAGCUGGAAGGCCAAGAGGAAAGUGAUUCAUCAGAUAUUCCGAAGUAUGGGCGUGGGGCGCAACUCGUUCGGUCAGAAGGUUGAAGCGGAAGUGGAGAAGUUUGUGAAGCAUCUGGACAAACUGGAAAAAAAAGAGCUCGACAUUCGGAAAUAUGCAGGAUACUUGUCGAACAAUGUCAUUUUCAGCCUCCUUUUCAACAAGACAUUCAAUUACGAAGAUCCAAAGUAUCUUGAGCUGUAUUACUACAUAAAUCAGCUUUUCGAACUUCAGAAUCCAAGUGGGCUUCAUUGGGUAGUUCCAUUGUGGGUUGCUAAACAUAUGUCUGUAUCUAAAAAACUUUUAAGCUUGCGGAAAAAGUUCAGCGACAAUUUGCUGUCUGAAUUCAUGGCUCGAAAGCCGAGCUCAGCCGACGCAGCACGAAAUCGAGAGCCAGAAUGUCUUGCCGAUCAUUUAUGGGACAAGAUGUUGGUCGAUAAUGAUCCGAUUGUAACAGAAAAAACAGUGGUCGGAAUUCUAGUCGAUAUUGUUUUAGCGGGUCAAGAAACCACGACUAACAGUUUAAGUUGGCUUUUUCUUGCUAUGAUUCAUUACCCUGCAGUACAGGAAAUGGUUUUUAAUGAGUUGUCAUCCAAAACGGAUUUGAGCCUGCCAGUUGUGCCGUAUUCAGUCCAAAAUGAGUGUGAUUAUACCGUAGCAACAAUUUGGGAGGCGAUGCGAGUGUAUCCGGUUCUGUACUCGACCCUGGAUCAUACGGCUUCCGAGGACAUCGACAAUUUGCAUGGGUUUCGGAUUCCGAAAGGCACCAGACUCUUUGGAAAUAUGGUGUGUAUCUUCAAGGAUAAGAAAUAUUGGAAAGUUCCAGAGAGCUUUAACUUAGAAAACUUUUUGAACGAAGAUGGAAAGUAUAACAAGCAGCCGUAUAUGGCUCCAUUUGGCUUGGGUGCUCGCGCCUGCAUUGGAGAAAACGUAGCUCGUAUGGAAGUGUUCACGGCAUUUGCUUCUAUUAUGAGGAAGUUCAAAAUUGAGGCAGUUGGAAUCGAGAAGCCUUCACUGGUUCCAGUUGUCGGGUUUGUGGGAAUAGCGCCGAGUCCAUUUAAAGUGAAUUUAACUAAUCGAACAUCGUGAAAAAUAAAUGAAUGAUAAUAACACUUUCGACUCUAAAUCUACUUUAUUUUAUCAUACUUGGAUACAACUUGAUCAUAAAUCAAGAUAAAUCAAGAUAAAACUUCAAACCUUAAUAAACAGAUUGUAACGUAUUGGAUGAAUCAUCGAAAUUGGCAAAACUGCAUAUGUACAUAAAAUAAACAUUUUUCACAUUUUCAU